AGACAGAAUUGCGGUCGAUAGCGGAAGAUGACUGUUGCGCCGAGUCAGACGGCCCCGUAAUGGUCUGUCGGUCGAUCUUAUGUGCGGCGGGCGAGACGAGACGGGCGGAUGAACAGAAACGCGGGGCAAUAAAAACCCCCACCAAAUCCCAUCGACAGCACUCCUGACUCACAAACCCACCUCCAUCUCCCUCCUCACUCUCAAUCGCCAUUUCCGACUCCCACCACCACCACUAAACAAACAUGUCAACCUUCGGCACCUCUUUCCGCGUCACCACCUACGGUGAAUCGCAUUGUCGCUCCGUGGGAUGCAUUGUCGACGGUGUUCCCCCGGGACUUCCUUUGACAGAAGCCGACAUCCAGCCGCAGUUGUCCCGUCGCCGUCCCGGCCAAAGCGCGCUUACCACUCCCCGCGAUGAGAAGGACCAGGUGCAGAUUCACAGUGGUACUGAGUUCGGCUACACUCUCGGCACUCCCAUCGCUAUGAUGGUGCAGAACCAGGACCAGCGGCCACACGACUACUCCGAGAUGGACCUCUACCCGCGUCCGUCGCACGCAGACUUCACCUACCUGCAAAAGUACGGUAUCAAGGCGAGCUCGGGUGGUGGCCGUAGCUCGGCGAGAGAAACCAUCGGUCGUGUCGCCGCCGCCGGUAUCGCCGAGAAGUACCUGUCGCUCACCCACAACACCACUAUCACCGCCUUCGUCUCUAGCGUAGGACCCAUCCACCUCCCGCUCUCGAAGACCCCCGACUCCCCCGACUACCACGCCUUCCUCGCCUCCAUCACCCGCGAAAAAGUCGACUCGUUCCUCCCCGUGCGCUGUCCCGACGCCGAGAGCAACGACCAAAUGGCGGACCUGAUCGCGAGCUACCGCGACAAGAAAGACAGCAUCGGCGGCACGGUGACGUGCGUGAUCCGCAACGUGCCGAUUGGGCUCGGCGAGCCGUGCUUCGACAAGCUCGAGGCGAAGCUCGCGCACGCGAUGCUGUCAAUCCCGGCCACCAAAGGCUUCGAGAUCGGCUCCGGCUUCGACGGCACCGAGAUCCCCGGCUCGGUGCACAACGACAUGUUCGUGCCGCACCCGUCCAACCCCGGCGCGCUCGCCACCUCCACAAACUACUCCGGCGGCAUCCAGGGCGGCAUCUCGAACGGCCAGGAUAUCUACUUCCGCGUCGCCUUCAAGAGCCCCGCCACUAUCGGCGUCGCCCAGCAGACCACAAAGUACAGCGGUGAGCAGGGCACCCUCGAGGCCAAGGGCCGCCACGACCCCUGUGUCGUGCCCCGCGCCGUGCCGAUCGUCGAGGCGAUGGCCGCGCUCGUCAUCAUGGACGCGCUGUGUGUGCAGCAGAGCCGUGAGGCGUGCCGUAGUGCGCUGCCGCCGUUGAAGCAGCCUGCUGGCCUCAAGACCAAGGAGGUGCAGGAUGGCAGUGAGAGGAUCCCCGAGAUUGAGGGGAAGGGACAGGGAGAGGUUUUCGGCGACGAGUAGGGGAAAAAUAAGGAUUGCGUAGGAAUCAGUGUAAAAAAACUUGAUAGAUAUGGGAUUCACUCACACUGUAAUUUGUACCUUGAGUUUGACUUCGGAUUCGCAGUGGCUGUUGGUUAUCUGUGGGUCAUCACGUGCCUGCUUGCCGAUCCUAUUCUAGAUUAACCCGGUCAAGGCGGC